CCGCCGCCGCCACCACCACCGCGCCCGCCUCCGCAUUUCAGAUCGGGACAGAGAGAGGCGCGCCGCUCCCGCCGGAGACCCAACCGAGAACCGCCGCGCUCCCCCCCCCAUUUUGAAAUCGCGUUUUGGCGGCCUCCUCCUCCUCCUCUCUCCUCUCCUCCGCAGCCCCGCACCACCACCUCUCCUCCGCUGCUGCUUUUAACCGCCUCGAUUUGCUCCCCCAUUUCCCCGUUCCAGCCUAGAUACUACAGACCUGAGCCGACCGAAACCCUAGGUGCCCGCGCCUCCGCGCUCCGCCUCCCCCGCCGACGCUGACGAGGCCGACGAUGGCGGACAAGGAGAACGCAGGUCCCGCGGCGGGGCCUCGGCUCACGCGGGCCGCGGCGAAGCGCGCUGCGGCGGCGGCGGUGGCGGUGGCGGCGGAGGGUCCCGGUGACGCCAAGCGGAGGCGGGUGGCGCUCGGGGAGCUACCGGCCCUCGCCAACAACGCCGCCGCUGGCCUCCGCGCGCCGUCUCGCCCCGCCAAGCCCUCGAAGCCCGCGUCCAGGUCCGGGAGGCACGCGAGGCCCGGCGCGUCGGAGGCCCGCGGGCCCGCCGUUGCCGCCGCCGCCGCCGAGGCCGAGCUCUGCGCGUCCUCCUCCCCGCCGCGCGCCGCCGAGGCCGACGCCGAGUCCAACUCCGCCUCCUACUCCGCGCCGCGUGCCACCGCCGACACCGACUCCUCCUUUUCCUCCUCGCCGCCGCGCGCCGCCGCGGCGGCGGCGGCGGCGCCCGCCGACCUCCAGUUCUGCGGGUCUUACGCCUCCGACAUCUACACCUACCUCCGCUCCCUGGAGGUGGAGCCGCAGCGGCGGUCCAGAUCCGACUACAUCGAGGCGGUCCAGGCGGACGUUACGGCCCACAUGCGGAGCAUCCUCGUUGACUGGCUCGUCGAGGUCGCCGAGGAGUAUAAGCUCGUUGCGGACACGCUCUACCUCGCCAUCUCCUAUGUCGAUCGCUUCCUCUCUGUCAAUGCGCUUGGCCGAGACAAGCUGCAGCUCCUUGGCGUUGCGUCCAUGCUCAUUGCUGCGAAGUACGAGGAGAUCAGCCCGCCUCAUCCUGAGGACUUCUGCUACAUCACAGACAACACCUACACCAAAGAGGAGCUCCUCAAGAUGGAGAGCGACAUACUCAAGCUCCUCAAGUUCGAGUUGGGCAAUCCUACCAUCAAGACCUUCCUGAGGCGGUUCACAAGAUAUGCUCAUGAAGACAAGAAGCGCUCCAUCUUGUUAAUGGAAUUCUUGGGGAGCUACCUCGCUGAGUUGAGUCUACUAGAUUAUGGCUGUCUCCGGUUCUUGCCGUCGGUAGUUGCUGCUUCAGUUAUGUUUGUUGCUAGGCUGACCAUUGAUCCAAAUGUCAAUCCUUGGAACACGAAGCUGCAGAAGAUGACUGGCUACAAAGUUUCUGACCUCAAGGAUUGCAUUGUAGCCAUACAUGACUUGCAGCUCAACAGGAAAUGUCCAUCAUUAAUGGCAAUUCGAGACAAGUACAAGCAACACAAGUUCAAAUGUGUGUCAACGCUUCUUCCCCCUGUUGUGAUCCCUGCUUCAUACUUUGAAGACUUAGAUGAGUAGCUGCUCUUGGACUGCACCAGUGUAAGGCUAACAAUCUGAGCUCUCCUUGAGCUCUUAGGGACAGGGGAGCAUAACUGUGUGAUGAACUUCUUCUCAGUUAAGUAGGGUGCUGAAAGCUAUUUAUGUGAGGUUCUUUAGGAGUUGCUGCUGAGUCACUAGUAGUGAGGCCAGGCCAUGCUCUUGUUUUGUGAAUUGUAUUCUUUGUAUCAUAUCCUAGUCACAUCUUGCCUUGGUCUGUUGGCCACAAAUGUAAUGUUUGAUACGUUAGAACCUUCCAUCUGAUUGAUCUCAGUAACAAAUUCUGUUACUCCCUCCGUCCAAAAAAGAAUGCAAUUCUAGCUAAGUACUUAGUUAAAGUAUCUUGAGUUUGACUAACAUAUACAUAAAAAAAGUAUCAACAUUUAUUAUAUCAAAUAAGUAUCAUUAGAUUUGUCUUGAGAUAUAUUUUUUAUAGUGUACCUAUUUGGUGUCGUAAACAUUAAUGGCUUUACCUAUAUAUUUGGCCAAACUUUAGGUACUUUAACAAAGAAUGCACCUGGAAUUGCAUUUUUUUUGGGAUGGAGGCAGUACCUGUCAAGUGUGUAAUAUACCUACUUUUAUAUGUAGGGAUUUGUACAGCUAGACCGAAUUCAGUAUUAUGCUUAUUUUGGACAGUGGUAAUAUAUGGUUGCCUAUUUGUUGCAACUAGUAUUGUCUAAACCUAAUCAUAGAGGCCUGUUCAUUGCUAAUCCCUUAUCAUUAACACAUGUGCAUAACCUAUGGUCGGAGCAUCUCAUAACUAUGGUUAGAGAUUUAAUUGUACCCAUAAUUUGGUUCUAUGGAGAUAUUAACUAUGGUUAGAUUUAAUGGUACUCAUAAUUUGGUUCUAUGGAGAUAUUAAAAGUGAACACUGACAUAUCACAGGUAACCCCUGAAACAUGACAUGUGAACAAGAUGCUGGUCUCAGAAUCUCAGGUGGAACAUGGAUGUUUGUUUGCUGCAUGCAGCUCAAUUGUCUGCUUACUCUGAUGCCGCCUUAGCCAAUAUAUAUUGUGCUGGUAAUAUUGCGAAUGCCGGUUUGCUCAAAUGGGCAAAUUAUCAUUUUGUAAAUAUAGCUGAAGCAGUGUGUUUGCUUGCAUGCCUGAAACGUGUUCCCUGCCAACAUAACAAUGUUGCCACAACUUGCUUCAGGGCUGUCUCGUGAAAUGCUCUCAUGAGGUUUCAAUGAUCUGUAUUAGUAUCACUUGUAUUUUUGUGUGUGUAUGAACCCUGAAAGCAUGCUUCUCGUUUACCUA